AUGUCUUUAAAUAAACAACCAGUAAGAUUCUGUGAGAUUACUUGUGAGAUUACUUGUGAGAUUAUUUGUGAGAUUACUUGUGAGAUUAUUUGUGAGAUUAUUUGUGAGAUUACUUGUGAGAUUACUUGUGAGAUUACUUGUGAGAUUAUUUGUGAGAUUACUUGUGAGAUUACUUGUGAGAUUACUUGUGAGAUUACUUGUGAGAUUACUAGUGAGAUUACUUGUGAGAUUACUUGUGAGAUUACUUGUGAGAUAACUUGUGAGAUUACUUGUGAGAUUACUUGUGAGAUUAUUUGUGAGAUUACUAGUGAGAUUACUAGUGAGAUUACUUGUGAGAUUACUUGUGAGAUUACUUGUGAGAUAACUUGUGAGAUUACUUGUGAGAUUACUUGUGAGAUUAUUUGUGAGAUUACUUGUGAGAUUACUUGUGAGAUUACUUGUGAGAUUACUUGUGAGAUUAUUU